AGUUAAUGCAAAACGGAGAAGAAACGGAAUUAAGACACUGAAAUUCUCAGUUACCAAGCUCCACCGAGCCUGCAGAGAAUCGGAAAUGGUGGAAAUGGAGACAGAGCUUAGAUCGCUGCUGCAGGACAUCGAGACUCUUAAAGGAUCGUUGCCGGAUGCCGCUCACCUUGAUUCUAUCGCAAAGAUGGAAGAGCGCAUUGGCAAAAUCAUUAGUGUGACAAAGGCAGGGACUUCCCGCCGUUCCAAAGUCAAGGAUAUGAGUGCUGAGGUGGUGGGCAGCAAUCCAUACAGCAGGCUGAUGGCGCUUCAGCGAAUGGGCAUUGUUCAAAACUAUGAAAAAAUUCGAGAUUUCUCGGUUGCUAUUGUUGGAAUUGGUGGUGUUGGCAGCGUAUCUGCGGAGAUGCUCACUAGGUGUGGCAUUGGACGCUUAUUGUUAUAUGAUUAUGACACAGUAGAAUUGGCCAACAUGAAUAGACUGUUUUUUCGUCCUGAACAGGUUGGCAUGACCAAAACAGAUGCUGCAGUCCAGACCCUUUCAGACAUUAACCCUGAUGUUGUUCUUGAAAGCUACUCAUUAAAUAUCACAACUGUAGAAGGUUUCAAAGUUUUUCUGGAUAGCCUGACAAGGAAAAACCCAAAGAAUGAUGAACAAAAUAAUGCAAGAAGUGCAGGAGUUGAUCUUGUGCUGAGUUGUGUGGACAAUUAUGAGGCUCGCAUGACGGUUAACCAUGCAUGCAAUGAACUAAACCAGGCUUGGAUUGAAUCUGGCGUAUCUGAAGAUGCUGUUUCGGGUCAUAUUCAACUGCUUAUUCCUGGUGAAACAGCUUGCUUUGCAUGUGCCCCACCCUUGGUUGUUGCAUCUGGAGUGGAUGAACGCACGCUCAAGCGAGAAGGGGUUUGUGCUGCAUCAUUGCCAACCACCAUGGGAGUUAUUGCAGGUCUGCUAGUUCAGAAUGCGCUUAAGUUCUUACUGAAGUUUGGAGAAGUAUCCCCCUAUCUGGGAUAUAACUCCCUAAAAGACUAUUUUCCAACCAUGGAGAUGAGGCCAAAUCCCCAGUGUUCAAACUCAGCUUGCAUUGAGCGGCAGAAGGAGUAUCUCCUUGCAAAACCAGUCAGAGAUGCGUUAGCCAAAGCAAAGAAUGAAGCUGACGCAUCUCUGCAAAAUGAAUCUCCACUUCAUAUGGAUAAUGAGUGGAAUAUAAGUGUUGUAGAUGAUAGUGAGACAGAAGCAUUCAAUGCUCCAACAGCUUCAGAGGCACUUCCAGAAGGCUUAACCAGAGAGCUUCCAAGUGCUGAUCAACAAUAUCAGGAGGGUGCAGCAUUAGGAGGGACGACGAGCUCGCUAUCGGACGAUGUCGAUCUCGAAGAACUUCAGAGGCAGCUGGAUGCCCUCAAUGCUUCAUGAUAUCUAAGGGAACAGCGAGUGAUUCAGGUAAGAUUAUUUUAUUUCAUUUCAGAUAUUUGGCAGGGAAUUUGAUUGAGAAAUUAGUUCUAUUGUGGUAGGGAAUUUGAUCUAAUUUGUACUAAAGAAGUUAUAUGCUGGGGAAUAUAUAUUAUAUAUUAGGGAAUUUAUGACAAUAAUAAGUUAGUAGAGUGUAUAAUGAUCAUUAAUGUUGGAUUUUUAUUUUUAAUAAUAUUUGAUACUUUAUU